UUAAUAUAUAAACCCCCACCCUUCCAAUUUUUCUCACCUCUCAGAUUUUCCUUCUUACCGAUCACGCUCGUAGAGAGAGAAAGUGAUAGAGAGAGAAAGCAAGGCAAUGUCGGAUCUGGAGGAUGUGCCGUCGGUGGAUCUCAUGUCGGAGCUUCUCCGCCGUAUGAAGUGCGAGUCCAAGCCUGACAAACGUCUCAUUCUCGUCGGGCCACCAGGAUCGGGAAAAGGUACCCAAUCACCAAUAAUAAAGGAUGAAUAUUGUUUAUGCCAUUUGGCGACCGGUGAUAUGUUGAGAGCUGCUGUUUCCGCAAAGACUGCUCUUGGGAUUAAGGCUAAAGAGGCCAUGGAGAAGGGAGAACUUGUUUCGGAUGACUUAGUUGUUGGGAUAAUAGACGAUGCGUUGAAAAAACCUUCCUGUCAGAAAGGCUUUAUUCUUGAUGGGUUUCCAAGAACAGUUGUCCAAGCACAAAAGCUUGAUGAGAUGCUUGGCAAACGUGGAGUUAAGGUUGACAAAGUUCUCAACUUUGCAAUUGAUGAUGCUAUCUUGGAGGAGAGAAUUACUGGCCGUUGGAUCCACCCUUCCAGUGGUCGUAGCUAUCACACCAAAUUUGCACCUCCCAAAGUUUCUGGCGUCGAUGAUGUAACUGGAGAACCUUUAAUUCAACGCAAGGAUGAUACAGCAGCUGUUCUCAAGUCAAGGCUUGAAGCUUUUCACAAGCAGACUGAACCAGUUAUUGACUACUAUAACAACAAGGGUGUCGUUGCAAAUCUUCAAGCAGAGAAACCUCCUCAAGAAGUCACUUCAGAGGUUAAGAAGGUGCUCUCCUGAUCGAAAAAUAUGACAUUUUUUUUGCCGACUAAUCUGAAUUUCCGACAUUCUUGGUUAUUGUAUCCUGAUACAUUGUUUUGCUGAGAUGGCAACACCGACCGGCGUUAGCUUUUGAUAUGUUUUAAAUUUAGUUGCGAAAUAAUUUAUGUCGACUAUUUUGGAUCUUUGGGCGAGAUGAGAGUAGUUAGGAACAUACAUUUGAAGUUGCUUCUACUGAUUCUCUAUUCAUAAUCUUUCACAGAUGAUUUAUAGUUCUGUUCUUAUUUCUUCCUUUUAAGAUGUCCUUGUUGUAUGAUCUUUUUAAAGGUUGAUUCAUAGUUGGAAGUGCAGGGAUUAAUAAAGUUAGUGAUUGAACUGUCU